GUAAUGUAUGUACUUAGGUAAUAGUAUUUGUCACAUCGCGGUGCAUUCGCGUGCGCCCUCUGCAGGCCAAUUAGUCUCGCAAUAAAUAUGUAAGUGACCGGACGUGUGUGUUUCAUUUAUUCAUAUAUAUCAGUGGCGACGAGGAUGGGAUUUUAAGUACCCAGAAUCGAGAAUAGUGUGGUAUAAACAUGUCCGUGGGGAAAAUAAAAGCGUUCGAGGUUUCGGCGGGCAAUUGGAAUACAUACGUGGAGCGCGUGAAUAUGUAUUUCAAAGCCAACAACAUCAAGGAGGAGUUGCAGUUGCCGACCUUGAUUGCCGUUAUGGGAGAAGAAGCAUAUGAACUCCUCAGCAACUUGACAAGUCCCAAGAAACCAGGAGACAUGAGUUAUGAGGACGUAAUUAAGAUAAUGUCUGAACACAUCGAACCAAAACCAUCUUUCAUGGCGGAACGGUACCGGUUGCGCCAAAGGCGACAGGGAGAUAAGGAGACGGUCGCUCAGUAUCUAACAGAUCUUAAAAAGUUGGCCAAGCAUUGCGAAUUCUCCACAACAUUAGAGGAAAAUCUGCGGGACCAAUUUGUGUGUGGUUUGAAGAAUGACACAAUUAGACAACGCCUUUUCGCUGAGACUAAGUUAACCUAUACUAGGGCCGUACAGCUAGCACUUUCGUUGGAAGCCGCCGAGAAGGACGCAGCAAUGGUAGAACGCCCGAGUGUGAGCGAGAAAGGCGAUGCGCCAGAGAGAGGCGAGACGGUACAUGCGCUCACAUCGUGGCAGCCGCGUGGCGGUAAUGGCGUUAACAAAGUAAUUUGUGCAGUAUGCGGGAGGUUAGGUCACCGUGACGUCCAAUGUCCUUACAAAGAUUUUCAGUGUAACAAAUGUGGUAACGUAGGUCACUUAAAACGCGUGUGUCCGGCAAGGAUGGCAGGUGGUACUGGCAGCAGCGCCCGUAGUUCGGGUGGCGGCCCUCGUGGGUCGAGCGGCAGCAGCGGCAGCGGCACCCGGCGCCUGGGCUCCGGCGGCCGCAGGGGCGCGCGGCGCCCCAGUCGCGCCAUACACCAUGUCCAGGCAGAGGAUGACGAGACUCACUAUGACGAAGAGGGUACGUCGGGGUCUGACGUCGAAGAAGACCUGUAUCAUCUCUGCCUAAACGAUUAUAAAUCGAUAUAAGGAGUUAUUUAGCGGAGGACUUGGGCGGUUUAGUGGUGGAAAAGCGACACUCCGAGUGCGUGAAGGGGCUACGCCGGUGUUCUGCCGCGCACGGCCGCUGCCGUACGCGCUCCGCGACCGCGUCGAGGCGGAGCUGGACGAGAUGCUGCGCUGCGGCGUCAUCGAGCCGGUCGACACGUCGGAGUGGGCCACGCCGCUGGUACCGGUACGUAAAGCUGAUGGGAGCUUGCGAAUCUGUGCAGAUUACAAAGUAACCUUGAACCCCGCCUUACUGAUCGAUAGGUACCCGCUCCCUAAGAUAGAUGACCUUUUAGUGAGAUUAAAUGGUGCCCGCGUAUUUUCAAAAAUUGACCUGACACAGGCGUAUAAUCAGGUGGAGUUAGACGAAUCGAAAAAGUAUACUGUCAUCAACACACAUAAGGGAUUAUUCAGAUAUAAUAGACUAGUUUACGGAUUGUCUUCCAGCCCUGGUAUAUUCCAGCGAAUUAUGUCCAACUUGUUGAAAGAUCUACCUCAAGUCGAAGUAUUUCUGGAUGAUAUAAUUAUUGGUUCCGCGGACAUAAAUUCUCAUUUAGUGACAUUAGAAAAAGUUUUGAAACGACUUCACAGUCAUGGAAUGAAAUUAAAGAAAAGUAAAUGUUCUUUCUUAUUAGAAGAAGUACAGUAUUUGGGAUAUGUAAUUUCAAAAGACGGAAUUAAAGUAGAUCCCACCAAGAUAGAAGGUAUCCUUAAGAUACCUCG